CCGACGAAGAUAUAGCGCCACAAUAUUUAAUCAGAAAUCAAAAUUUGAUUUUAUUAUAUAAAAGCCCUGCACUUUCUCGGUGAUCCCCCUAAAACUCCUCGUGUCCGUUCCCUUCUUCCUCUCUCUCUCUCUCUCUCUCUCUCUCCUCCCCUCCCCCCCUCUCUCUUCUCACUCUGACUCUCUUUAAUUAGCACUUGAAGCUUCCAUAUUUGACGCUAUCUUCGCUGUAAGCUCUUUCUCCGCAUCGGAUCUGGGGCUUCUUCGCUUUCUUUUGAAGGAAAGGGAGGAAAAAAGAGGGAGACACUGUUGUUUAUUGGUUGAUUAUUCUUUGGGAAAGCGCCGAGCCGUGUCAAACAAGUAAAACUGCAUUCAAUUAAGCUGUAUUCGAUUUAAUUGCAAGUUAAUUUGGAAAUUGUUGUUUGAUGAAGCUAGAUAUAUUUGUUAUCAAGUUUCACCUCUGAAUAUAAUAUAUAUUGUGAAGAGGCCAUUCCUUCUAAUGGGUUGACUCCAAGAUUCAAAAUUUGGUUGUUUCCAUUUGGGAGGGGUGUAACGUGGCUUUGCGCAUUUGGAGUCUGGGGAGGGAGUUAGCAAUUAACUUGAGUUUGGUUGCUUGUGAUGGAUCAAAAGAGUCCAAGGGAAAAGGACUUUGAAGUUGAUCUUGAAAAUGGGGUGGUAGUUAGUGAAGAAGAUUCAAGUGAUAGCGGUGUUUCGAGUACUAAGAAGCAGGCAAAGACAUUGAUUGCUAAGGUUUGUGGCGGACUGUUGGAUGGAACAGCUAAAGUUGAAGAUACAAUCGGUUUGUGUGGCAAUGGGUCCAACUCCAGCGUGGUGUGCCCCGAUAACUUGAAGGUGGCAACAAACAAGGUGCUGGAGGGGAAUGAGUGCAUAGAUCAUGUAGGGAAGUCACGGGUGAAGGACAAGCGGAAGAAGACAAGCAAUAAAAAGCCUCCUAAACCUCCCAGACCUCCAAGAGGCCCAUCAUUGGAUGCGGCUGACCAGAAGUUAAUCAAGGAACUCUCUGAGAUUGCCAUGUGGAAACGUGCAAGGAUUGAGCGGAUGAAAGCCUUAAAGAAGAUGAAAGCUUCUAAGGCAUCGUCUUCCAAUAGCAGCACAUUUGCCAUGCUGCUCACCAUUCUCUUCUGUCUCGUGCUAAUCUUACAAGGAAUUUCGUAUAGAAGAAGCUCACCUGUAAACUUUGAGGGAUCUCCAGUGUCUGCAGGAGGAGCAGAGGGCAAUUUGAUCUCAGUUCAGUACUAUCCAAAUCCAUCAUCAAACGAACCUGGUUCUGCGUCCCCCAAUAUCGUAGAGCAGGUUGCUGGUUCGGAUCCACAGGAGAAGCUGAAAAGAUGGGCAGGGUGAUAUUACAAUGUUGUUGCCUAGUCUAUGUUGAGCAACAAAUUCCACAUGCCUUUGAAUCCUCGUGCAAGCCAUCGAUGCUUGCACUUUUUUGUAUGCAUGAUUACAGAAGCUGAAUCUAGCUAGGUAAUUGAUACCCUGUAUGUACAGAGAGAGAGAGAGAAGAGAGAGAGAGAGAGAGAGAGAGAGAGAGAGAGAGGAGAGAAGAGAGAGAGAGGUUACAGUACCAUUUUGUGUUUUGUAGGUGAUGCAUACUGAUAAAGUUGCCUUCUUUGCAACUGGUUUGGCCUCUAAUAAAGUUGUGGCAAUUAUCCGACUAGAAAGUCACUUAAA